CACAUAUUGCAUUUCUCCUCACAGGAAUCUCAAUCAGGGAUGCGUUUAGACCUAACGUCCUCACAGCCGCCAUUUCAAAGCGUGGAAGCCGCAACAGAAGCUGUACGGACUUUUGUAAAUGAACAUUUCUACAUUUAUAUUUUGUUAGGGAUUAGACAGAGUAUUCAAAGCUACCUCGUCCGCACCACCAAGUGAUAUGGAUGGAGACAAAGGAGAGGCGAUAACAGAAACUUCAAAACCUUCCAAAAACGAAUCGGAGAAACCUGUAAAUGACAACAAAUUCUGGGGCCAAGGGUUCAAAGGUCGUGGUCGAGGGGGAUGGAUGAAUCGUGGUGGCAUGCGUGGUGGGCAAGGCAUGAUGAAGGGAUUUGGUCCACCAGGACCAGGGAGGCGUGGAAGGAAGCAUGGAGCCAUGAAUGGAUUUGCACCCAGGAGAGGAAUGGGGCGGAUGCAUCCUUACCCAGACCUUAGAGGUCAUCGAGGUCGGGGAGGACCAAUGUGUAUGGGUCCUCCUCUUCCCCCUCCCCCUCCCCCUCCCCCACUGCCCCCCAUGCACCACAGAGGCCCAUUCCCACCCAUGACCAGGCAUGGACCCCUUCCACCACCUCCUCCGGGUCAUCCUGCUUUCAGAGGUCGGCCACGUCACCCUCGAGGACGUGUUAUGCCACCUCCUGGACCUCCGCACUACUUCCACCCCCAUGGCCCGAGAGGGAUGCAUUUGAGACGUAUUGGAUGAAGAACAGUGCGAGCAAAGAGACCGAGGGUUGUGACACAACUGCAGGUCUUUCCUGUUCCUUUCUCUUAAGCCUCAUUAUAACUUAAAGUCUAUACUUAUACUUUAAUUAUCACAUCUCUCCCCAGUUAGUCUGCCAAAUAAUUAAUAAUUAAAUAAUGCCUAAAUUGUCUUAUGACAACAGUUGUUGAGUUAAAAGAUAUUAAUUUAGUUGACUAAAUAGUGCAUGUAACUGUGUGAAACAAAAAAAAAAAACAUUUCACUGUAUUUUGCCUUUCAAAGAGGGGACGACGUCCCUGACUGGGAUCGUUCAGAUGGCUGCUCUUAUCAGAGUGUACCCCUAUUGGCCAAAGCCAAGAAUCCAAUGUGUGAUUUUAUCCUUUUACACAGCUACCACAAUGGACCAGUCGCUCCUCCGCCUCACCCCCCACCUGGCAGAGGCCAGAGGUGGCCAGGGCCCCCUGGUGGCCGACGCUUUUAACACAGCCUGCCCUAAAAACAAUAACUGAGCAUUUGUUAAUGAGGCCUAAAGUGGUGCAGUGAAUGAAAUGCCCCUGAUUUAUGUGUUAUACAAAGUCUGAGUGUCUUUAUGACAUACUCUGUAGCCAAUUGUCUGGUUAUUGAUAUUAUCUACUGGCAAGGAAAGAAAAAUGUGAAAUGCCCGAGUAGAUACACAGACUGAUUAAAUGCCUCAGAAUGUAAUGUAAAGGCAUUUUCACGUUAUGUUACCUAUACCUGUUCAUACUGUAGGUAAUUUGUUCUCAAAGGGAGGGACAUUAAGAAAAAUGUUCUGUGGAUUUCUCUGUGAGCCUUGAGAAAAUGUCCACAUUCUUAAUUUUGAAUAAAAAUGGGUGACAAUGUUUAUUUAAAGGUGGGGGGAAAUUAAUGAGAGAAUGCACAACAGCCCUCAAGCUUCACUGUUAACUAGUUUAGGACAACUUUAGGACCUCCCUAACCUUUUCCUGAUGUUACAUGGAAAUACUGUAGUUCUGUUUUACAACCUCACCAAGCAGUGCAGCGAAUAUUGUUCCACACACAAAUAUUUUCAAGUUAUUAGAGAAUAUUCCACUUGUGACAUAUUCAUGAGUAUUUAAUUUUAUACUGUUAAUGUGCAGCUCCUUUAAGUUAUGAGUAAUGCUGUUUGAAACAUUCUUGUUUGUCUCCUGCAGUCUAAUGUGUAAUGACAAAAAGGAGAAGGCAUUAUAAAUGAAUAUUAUACUGAAAUAUAUAUCUAAUAGCUUUUAUAAAUGAAAGUAAAGUAUUUGAUUUUAGUUAAGAAUAACAAACUAGUCCUUACUCUGUUUAGUGUUUUGAAAUGUCAAUACAUUACUCACUGUAAUUAACAUAACUUUUGUGAAACUGUGAAUGUGUUUUGGGAACUAUCAAUUUAUGACAUAGUCAUGAAGAAAAAAAUAAAACAAAAAAAAUAAACUCAGCUUCUCUUUUUUGUUUGUUCACAAACAAGUCAGAGUUGUCAUUAUCUGUAAUAUCUGAAAAAUAAUGUUGUUUUUAGUUGCACAGUAACUGUGUUUCGUAAUUUAAAGUCAACAUUUGAUCCAUGUGAAUCAGUAUCAGAAAUACUUAAUUGAAAUUGCUAAUAAAGUGAUAAGAACACUUGAUGAGAUGAGCAUAAAGAUCAAUGCAAAUAUACUUAUAACUAUAUUGAAUUGUUUGGAUGAGUGUCGAGGCCCAAGAGCCCUUAAUGAACACCAGUGGAUCUGACUGAAUAAUUUCUGUAGGAUUGCUGAGGGCUGAAAGAGAAUAGAUUUAAUUUAAUUUAUUCCGAGAAGUGUGUUACCAUACAUGUAUGCUGCUAUGUCAAUCUGACCAGAGGACUCAGAACUACUUGCUUGGGAGGCAUUGAACUGCCUGACUGAACAUAGUUUCACAGUCCAAAUUCAGUGGUAGCAUGUCUAAAAGGAGGCCAUCAUCUGCAAAGGAUAAUCACUCUGAUAUGACCAAGGACUGACCUAUUGUCUUACUCUUUAUAUGACAUUAACAGUCAUUUUAACUAGAUUUCAAAAGGGACCAAGCAAUAAUUCUACAGGAUAUACAAGUGUACGCCAAGAUUUCCUUUGCAUGUGGCUGUCAUCAAUAAUUUCAAAAGGAAAGCUAGAUUAAUUCUUAUUUCUUAAAUCUUGCUGCAAAUACAAUGAAAUGAAGAAAAUACACAAACUAGGAUUUGAUAUCAUUUCAGGAAGAUGAAAUGAGCCACACCAGUGCUGGGCGGUAUACCGGUUCAUACUGAAAAUCAGUAUUUAUUAAUUUUAUAAUAUACCUUUUUUGUAUACUGUAAGACUGCUAUCUGAAAAAUGGAAUGUGGUGCAGCAAAAAACAGUUAAUGGGGGGACCCCUUUCACUGUCGCACUACAUGCUAAGGGCUUAACUGAAGAAGUAGCAAGGAGCAUAGCGAGGAGCAAUUUAGCAAGAGUAGAAAGUACAUGUUAAAGCACCAAAAACACACCGAUACACACAACUCCGCCACUCCCUCUCUCUCGCUGGAGCACUCACUCAAGCUCAUACAUAAAAAAAAAUACCAGUGCAUAAAGAGAAACCAUUGCAAUUAUGAAAAGUACAAAGAUAUACCGCCCAACACUUGCCACGCAUGUGCUGCAGACGGCAAAAUUGGGGCUUUCCAUAAAUGAGCCACAGACGGAUGUUGCACUCUCCCUCCUCCGUCUGUCCUUUUCCAUCUUUCCAGCACUUUGAGCACAUUUUGCCACCUCUUCAGACUCUGCAGUCCCUUCUCCUUUUCUCCCUUUGGUUGAUUGUAACAGACUGACUGUUGUUGUCUCCUGAAGGGGGCACACAGUACAGUUAACCUCCCAGGCCCCAGGACGCCAGGCCCACAUGUCUCCUCUCCUUGAACAGUGGUGUGACGCCUGAGGUCCAGCACUUCCUUUUGGAAAGGUGAGCUUCCUCUUGUGCCUUGAUCCCUAAACCAAUCUUUCUCUGAUGCUUGGGGAGUUUCUCUUGGAGAUUUUCUCUUUCAGGGUGGAAGGUGAUUGAACUACCAAGUUGUCCCCAAGUAGGUAAGACAUUUAGGAACUUUGAUUUGGAAAGAGUCGGGUCUUAUUUUACACAAGACGCUGUGAAACCAAUGUGACAAUAGCCAAUACACCUUAUGGUUAUUUACUAAAGAGACUAUUUGGGGAUACAUGCAUGAAAAGUCAGCUUCGAAAGAGCUGUAUUUUUAAUUUCUAACAGCCAAUGCAAUUGCACACUUAAACCAAAGGUCGGGUCUUUUUAACAUAAAUCAUGUCACAGUAGGACAUGCAUGGGUAGAAAAUAAUGAUGGCUAGAUUACAUUUAUAAUCAGACACAAUCCCCAGCAUAUGAUUUCUGAGGAAAAACUUGAAAUAUUGACACCGUAGCAAAAAAAAUAAGUUGACCUACUUAAUCAUUAAUGUCUACGGUCUCAAGUGACAGCUCAGUUUAAUGCAAGAAUGGAGCGGGGCGAGGCCUCAACAUUCUAAAGUAAAGAGGAACAAUAUAUUUUAUAAUUUCGUUAUGUCAGACAGGAUGAGCCACCAGUCGCUCACAAAGAACAUGCCAUGUUGUUGUGACUGUUUAAUGAAGAUAAUGUUGAAUCCAAUUGAUAUUGUUUUAACUCUUGAAUGAUCAUUAAAUACAUGCAAAAAUAAGUCUUGUGUGCAGUGUCUU